UGCCCACAGAAUUAUUCUAAUUGAAGACUUGAAAAGUUGAAACUUCUUUUCUUUUCUUCACUGCACAUAUUUUUCGUACUCAGAUUCUCACUCUAUCUUUCAUUAAUCACUGAUAAAAACCCUUGUCCUGUUCGCAAAAACAAGCAUCCUCUUCUUCGUUUCUCUGCCCUUUUCAAAAUGGCGAUACCUGUGGUUAGGUUUCCGAUCUUCCUUGUCAUCAGAGCAAUCGGGUUCGUCGUUGCAACUCUCGUUCUCUCCUGGACUGUUCAUUACCGAGGAGGGUUAGCUCUCGUUUCCGAAAACAAAGAUCUCAUAUUCAAUGUUCAUCCUGUUCUCAUGGUCAUCAGUCUUGUACUCUUGAAUGGCGAAGCCAUUCUAGCUUACAAGACAGUUCCAGGGACAAAAAGCUUAAAAAAAUUAGUUCAUCUGGCCCUACAACUUCUUGCCUUUCUUUUGAGCCUGAUUGGUGUUUGGGCAGCUCUGAAAUUCCACAACGAUAAGGGCAUUGACAAUUUCUACAGCCUGCAUUCAUGGUUGGGCCUCGCUUGCCUUUUCUUAUUUGGCAUCCAGUGGGCUGCUGGAUUUGUAACCUUUUGGUACCCAGGUGGCUCAAAAAAUAGCAGAGCUACUCUGCUGCCAUGGCAUGUAUUCUUUGGCAUUUACAUAUACGCCCUCGCUGUGGUUACUGCCACUACUGGCAUCUUAGAGAAAGCAACAUUCCUUCAGACCAACCAUGUGAUCGCACGUUAUUCCACUGAGGCAUUGCUGGUAAACUCUCUGGGUAUUUGUAUCGCUGUUCUGGGUGGAUUUGUUAUUCUGGCACUUGUUGCUCCUGCAAGUAGCAAAACAGAAAUUCUCAGAUCAUCAGAGUAGGCUCAGCAGUUAUGGUUUAUUUGUACAAAGUUACAGGGUUUUAUUGUCUGAAGAUGGAUAUGGAAAACUAAACUUUCAGUUAAUGUGUAUCAAAAAUGGGUAUACAUAGUUUUAUUGAUUGAUUAAUAGAAGAAAUUAAACUUAAAAUCCUUUAUUGAA